GAAGGGUGACACAGGAAGCUGGGCUGUCUUGCUUGUCGCACUCUCGCUCUCUACCGUCUGCACUGGCGACUUGCUCGCCGAUUAUACUUCAGUUCAUUCUAGAAGGGCGAAGCAGGGAGCUGGGUGGUUACGGGAAAGGGGUUGAGUUCUUCGAGGAUAGAAGUCUUGGGUUCACUUGCGACAUCGAGUCAGGGCUGCUCGAGACAAUCGAUCGAAGCCCGGGCGGGAGGGAUCUCGCUUCGACGAGGGCCUUGUCAGUAUAAUACACACACGAGCUGAACUGAUUUGUAUAGAAGGCGAAAAUGCCCAAAGGCAAACGAUCGGCUCGAGCAUCGUGGCUCUUUCGCGACAAACCAGCUGUUGCAUCGGCGAACGAUACCUUUGGUCGCUUUAACAUCUCAAUCAAGUAUGAUGAAUCCAAGGCCGAAGGCUCUAUUGUUAUUCAACAUGCUGUCCAUCUCCAAGGCUUCCAGUCUGAACAAACCCUUGACCUUGUCCUACGUCCUGAAAGCAUUGUCGCUUGUGAUUUACUCCUUGACAACCAGAACCAUAGACUGCCACCAGAGGUCCUCAAUCUAAUACCAACCAACCGAACCGACAUAUGGAGUCUGUCGUUGACGCUGCAUGCACCUGGAAAUGUUAUAUGCCCAACAGCACCCCUUCCCCUAUCGUUCAUGUCGACCAGUUUUGGACAGCAAUUCGCUGCCUUCUCUGGCCUGUGUCAGACAACGAAGCUCCAGAUAUACCUGGGCAGAGAUCAGCUCUCGGCUGAGCAUCGCUUACGGCUCGAGAACUUCGCAUCCGCCAUCGCCCUUCGCAAACUCCGCGCGAAUCCUAUCGACCUUCGUAGCCUCGGUGGCGGCGGAGGCAAGCAAGAAACCACAUGGUACAACAUACAUCCACCGCAUUCGGAAGAACAGGCCGAUAGUGGUGCUACAAGGAAACGACGUCGCGUUGAUUCGGACAGCCAGCAGCAGUACUCUGGAGAGCCCUCCAUAAAAUUGCAAAGGUUCUGGGAUAACGUGCCACCAGGUUCGCCGACCGAGGUGAACACACCCAGCACAAGGAACGUCACGCCUUCUCUCAACGAUCUGAACACCCCUGAUACGAGACGAAUGCUCCUCUUUGCAUCCCCGACCCCUGAGAAGGUACUCGAAAGCGCAUUGCCGUCAUCUACCGUAGAAGUCAGGCACAAUCAAGAAAGGAGGCCAGGCUCACGAGCCUGUACACCCCUUCCCCCUUAUCUCCAGGGGUCUGACAACAAGUCCACGCCAUCGCCUGCUCUCCAGAGGACUGACAUAUCUCCGUGGGGGCAUAGUCUAGACAUCAAGCCGACCUUCUUGUCGCCUGACCGGGGACCUGGUGGUGGUGGUGCUUGCGCUGGCCCCUCUCCUGAGCUCACACAGGCCCUAGGUGGUAUGCUGGAGCAAAUGCUGCCCAAGAUCAUCGAAGGGGCAUUCUCAUCUAUCCUGGGCCCCUUGAUUGACGCACGUCUCGAGGCACUAGUGAAUCACAAAAUGGGAGUGCUCGUCCGAGAACAGCUUCCCCGCCUCACCAACCAGGCUCUCCAACAGAACAUGGCCAGGUUCGUCGACGAACUUGAAGACGAACACAAAAGAGCAGAAGUCGAAAUAGGAGAGACUGUCGAUGAAGCCAAGACUGAGCUCAACGAAGCACGCGACAAGGGCAUCGACGACAUCGAGACCUGGGCUCAGGAGCGAUUCGGAAGUUUCGAGGGCGAGGUUGAGGGCAUCAUGAUUUCUGCUGUCGAGUCGCUGGAAGACAAGACGACUGUUCUAAAAGAGCGGCUGGACCGCAAGUUUCGGGGUCAGUGCAGACAAAUAAGGAGGGUACACGGAAGUGCAAGGAGGAGGUCUAUAUAGUAACAUGUGGAACAGCGUAUUCACCCCGUGGCGUCAAUCAUCACCAUCAGUUCUACAAUUCACCUACCCUUUAUCAGUCUUCGCCCCCUUCCUGAAAGCGCAAGAAUGGCACCUCAACAAGUUUAUUGCCAACUCUG